UUUUCGUUCUCCAGCAAGCAGGCCGACUGAGUGCGAUCAUCGAUCUGUGAGCCUCGAUCUGUAGUUUGUGGAACAUUUUCCGUCUAUUUUUCCUCAGAAAUUCUGGCGUUUCGGCUUGCUUCUCCCAUCAGGAGAAACACAGGCAUCCUUCUGCCCUGUGUCUUUCUCUUGGGAUCGGUGCGAGGUUCGUUCUUCGGUGCCUGGAAGAAGGGCUCGUCGGCUGGUGAGGAGGGGUGUGAUACCGGGGGUAAUCCUACCAAACAGCCGCCUUGGGGUUCAGUUGCCGGUACACCUAAACAGUUGGACCGUUUUAUGUGCGGAAACGCCAUGUCUUCUCAUAUCGACCCUGUCACCGUCUCCGCAACCGGCAAGCACACCGCUACGGUUAUCUUCCUCCAUGGCCUGGGAGACACGGGACACGGCUGGUCGUAUGCACUGUCAGAAAUCAAGCAGCCCCACAUCAAGUACAUCUGCCCUACAGCCCCCAAGAUGCCCGUAACCCUGAAUGAGGGUUAUGAGAUGACGUCGUGGUUUGACCUGUUCACGUUGAACGUCGCUAGCCGGGAUGAUGAAGACGAAGCUGGGAUCAAAAAAGCUGCAGCUCUCGUACAGGGAAUGGUGGAGGAGGAGGUGAAGGGGGGCAUCCCCGCUGACCGGAUUGUGCUGGGAGGGUUCUCCCAGGGGGGUGCACUCGCCCUGUAUGCCGCCUUUACCCUGGACAAGCAACUUGCAGGGAUGGUAGCACUGAGCUCCUGGCUGCCCCUUCAUGAGUCCUUCCCAGCAGCCAUGAUGGUGAACAACCAGGCUCCCAUCCUGCAGUGCCACGGGGAUGCCGACCCUGUCGUUCCCUACAAGUUUGGCCAGAUGACCAGAUCUGUACUGGCCAAGUACUGUAACAACUACACCUUCAAAACCUACCCCGGCAUGAUGCACAGCUCCAGUGCAACGGAAAUGCAGGAUGUAAAAGAGUUCCUGGACAAAGUACUGCCUCCAGUUUGAACUCCUCCCCAAAGAGCUUUGAAACACUGGUUUAUCUCAGGCCUUUGUUGGAACUGUACAUGGAAAAUGUCAUCACACAUCCAUGUACUUGUUGUUUUAUGAUACAAAAGCUGUCAGUGGUUACAGAAGGAUGGUAGUUUGCAUAUGAUAUCAGUAACUGUUUCUGUUUGUUCUUGUAUAGUUCUAACGGUGAGAGUACAUGUAGGACCAUAUCAUGAUUUAACUGUGGCUGUCUUGGAUAAUAUGAUACGUUGUAACGUACAUGUACAUCUUAGUGCUAGUUAUUGAUCAGACUAAUUUGAGAGCUGAGAUUUUGUCCAAAGUUUUCAUAGACUUGAUUAUUGUGUUUCUUGUCAGUAGACAUUCUACCAAUUUAGUGUAGGUAUGACAAAUGAGAUAAACCUAUGUGAACUAAAGAUGAUGUUAUGAUGUUGAUGCAGUAGUGUAUAUGGGGAAGUAACAUGUAAAAAGCUCCUUUAACCUGUAAAAUACCAGGAACAAGAAAGGAUGACUAUGUUACCAGAAAAAAAGUAGUUACACCCCACAGUUACAUGUAAUUUAUGGAGCACCUGAAGUUAUACAGAAAUGUCUUGUCUACAACAGCUACUAGUUUAUACAUGUUGGUAAUUUCCAAGCAGAUGUCUGGAGGAAAAACAUGAAGGAUCUAUCCUCCCAGUAGCUGCUUGUAGAUUAUUGUGGAGAUUGCAUUAUAUACACAUGUUGUAGCAUGUAGCAUGACAGUUAUACAUUGUGAUUUAUUAUAGUCCCAGUUGUAUAGAGUACCUUGCCUUCCUCCUCAUGUUUGGAUAACACUAGUUAAGUGACUGUAGGACACACACAUCUGUAAGGCACGCAUAGCUGGACCCAACAGCACAGCUUGUACAGCAGUCUUCCUACAACAUAGCCUUCUUUCUACCCUUAACACUAACUUCCACAGAGUCAACUUUUACAAGUCUUUUCAAAAGUCUUGUUUGUUCUCUUGAUGUCACUCAAUGUACACUACUCUAUAUGACCAAAAUAUAAUGAAGGAUUUCUGUAUCUGCAUAGCCAGUAUACUAGUAGCCUUUGGCAUAACACAAAAGCUGUAAUGAUUUAAACAGGUACACAGGACUUAAUAACAAUAUAAGCAUAGGAGCUUUAAGACAGGAUCUUACCAUCUUUAUUAAACUACUGACAAGGUAGUCACAAGACCAAGAGGUUCAAAGGUCAACACAGGUCGCGUGACUGGACAAGGGUGUUGUAUAUGGGGGGUAGUCAGUGUGGUCUUGGUCUGUAUGACCAACUUUCUAGCCAGUUGUACACCUAGCAUAACUGCAUGCUCACACAAUCAUCUUCUUAAUCCUAUAGGCAGCUGUAUGAUAAGAUUGAUAAGACUGUAUAGCCAUGCAUCUACUGUCAAAACUGUAGUUACUCCAGAGAGGCUGAUUCAUCACUGCUAGUUUCUCUUCAUUUCCCUACAUACAAAAAUUACAAGUACACUUAAGGAAAGGAAUUUGACCACUGUAGAAUUUAGUGGCAAUAAGAAAAGCCAGAGAGCAGAGUAUAUCAUGACACACACAUUUAUGUAAUGUCCGUUGUUGCAUGUCACUUUACUUUGACUUAUGGUGUACAAUGGUGACUUAUCCAGUGUACUAGAAAGACGUACUUAAGGUACAAAAAUCAUUGUUAUCAUUGUUUGAAACCGUCAUAUUUGAAAUAAUGUAGUUAUGGGUAUGUAUGGAGAGCCCCAACAAUUAUCAUGGUUAAGUUGAUAAUUAUUGUUCAUCAUUUUGUGUCUUUGGUGGUCAUAAAGAAAUUGGAAAUGUGUAAGUCUUUGAUUCCAUUUAUGUAUGAUGACAUCAACUCUAGAUGUAACGUUAGUUGGUGAUUGUUUCCAGAUAUGUAACUUAAGAAUCUUUCACAGUGACUUUGUGUCUACAGUGUCACCUUGCAAUAUACUGGUACAUGUAAUUGUAAUACCAUUGAAGAAAAUCCAAGGUCAUAAAUGUGC